CGCUGUGGAGGAGGAGGCGGAUGCGGAUGGUACAGCACCAUGUUGGAAACGUGCAUGUGGGAACCAGGUUGGUGUACUAGUAUGCGGCCUUGAGGGAGGUAAAGUUACGUCGUGGUUCCUUGCACUCUAGGCAAUUUACAGGUUUCGCUUUGCUUGCUUGGCACAAAGCAGGUUACUGCCUUCUAUUCAGGGGUAAACAGCGGUGGUCUGGCUGAGGUGAUAAGGGGGGGUUAAGGCGGGCGAACUCAGUGGGAGGUUGGGACAACAGGGGCUUAGUAUAUCUUGUUGGGGCUUUGGCUCGGCAUGUUUGCACAUGGGCUCCUGGUGAGAUGUGCGAGGGUGUGGGCAUGUGGGGUGGGAGAUGCAGGAGGACAGAAUCGUGGAGGGAAAGGUGUAUUGGUUAAACUGGUUAAACUGGCGAGGCAGGCGGCUCUAGCCAUGUACUAUAUGGGCUGAGCUGUCUAGACAUACUGGGCGACGCAGGAAUCACUUUCCUGACAGGUGACCGUAGCUGUCCGGCCCACUGGCCGGAGGGGAACGUAAGAAUGCAGAGUUUGUGAUCUAGCCUGGUGAUUUCCGUUUGUCGCGCGCUGCACCGAGUUCUCAGCUUUUCCUUUGCUGUGCCUGGCGGGCCGUUACGAACAGGUGCAUGGUGAAGGUUUGCUUUUUAAGCGGUAGUCAUAGAGUUCUUGGUGCAUUACAGCUCACUGAGCGCCACACCGUGCAUGCGGUGUUGGGGCAACUGGCCGUGUGCAGGCGAGCCCCGGGCGGCACCCAGGGCUGCACCAAAAACAGACGGAAUGCACUGGGAGGGGUGGAAAGGGGGGGUUAAAGAAGGCGGAUUACGCCAUCGUUCACCUCAGCACAUCGACACGUGCUGGUGGUGUCAGGAUAGGCCAUGGCGGGUUUUGACUAGGUGUGGCACCCAUGUCGCUUAGGCUGGCGCACUGGUUCUUGACUAACGAACAGGCUAUGAAACACCAGAAGCAGAUGUGGCGGCAGGGAUGGACAGUGCAGGACAGUACUGUUGGGGCUUUGUGACUAUGCGCUUUGGAUUUUUUGAGUAAUUAUGCAACUAUCCUUGCUUACCCGCCUGUGCCUUGCCUUGUGCUAUUCACCGUACUAUCAAGGGACAUAUGAGUCCAAACCGAUGUGGAACCACUGGUGUUCCGGUGUAAUUGCCCGCACAGACCCACUGAAAGAACAAACAUCUCCGAACGGCGCGGAACGUGUCAUGUCGUUAACCAUAGGUGCUGGCCUCUGCAGACUCCUGGGCACCGCUAAUGUGGGGCCCCUUCCAGUUGCCCCUGCACUGUAUCAGGGAUGGUGUCGCUGGAGACCGUGUGGCAACCUCAAACAAGCAUGCCAUGCCACAACGACAAUCUUAUUGGUAGCAAAAACAUUGGAGUGA